AUGCUCUUCUUCUUGAAAUUCUUAUGCAACAUCAGGCUAUUCCAUUAUCUAGGCAAGCCUUAAAUCAUUUGACUGCCUUAAACAAUUAUUAUAAUGGUUUCACUGAUAUUCAAAUUAAGAUAUAUGGGGCUCUUGCUCAGGCUCAUGAAUUAUCUGGAAAUUGGCUUGAGGCCAUUAACGCUCAUCGUAAUGUUUUAGCCUUAAGACCUGAUAACGUUGAUGCUAUGAUGGGUUUGGCAAAAUGUUACAACAAGAACGGUGAUAAAACUCAAUUCCUAAGUACUUCAUACGAUGUUAUUCGCACUAAACCAACAAACUGGGAAUUCGCAAAUUAUUUGACCGAUGCUCUCACUAAUGACCCAUCCCUUUUUCAAGAAGCUUUGGAUGUUUUAAAUCACGUUUUACAACAUUCUCCAAAUUCACCUAUAAAGAUGUUAGAUGUGGGUUUUAUACAGUCUCUUUCUUAUCGUCGUGCCCAACUCAAAAAACGGAAUAAUGAUUUCUUUGGGGCACUCGUAGAUUGUUUCUCGGUUUUGGAAAUAGCUUUGAAUGGAAAACCUUUAAAAUCUUUUCUAGAUGAUAUAAUUUUAUGUCUUGGAUUUAGCAAUUAUGAUCCUAAUCAAGUUCCAUUCAUUAUUUUACCUGUUAAUGAUUCUUUAAGGUUACUUGAUUUGUUAUUUCCAACAACAAAUGGACUAUUUCCCGGUCAUUUGGGUUUAUCUUCCCAAUCCGAUAUACGAUUGGCGAAAAAACAGGUCUUUGGUGUUCUUUAUGAGAUAAGCUCUGCUUUCGAAUCUCAUCCGAAAGAAUGUCAAUAUUUUUUAAGUGAUGUAACCCCUCUUAGUUCAAUAUCUUUAUUAUUUCUUUAUUUGGCUUGCGCAUGUUAUCCUUCCGCUCAAAUUUUCUUCGAAAUCGCCGCUAUGUUAAACAAAAUUUCUGGUGUUGCUGCUUGUCGCCAAGCUGCUAUUGGAUACCUUGGUGAAGGUAUCCAAUUGGAUCCUAAAAAUGUUGAUGCUUAUAUUAGUUUAGCUGAUUGUUUAUAUAAUGAUGGAAAUAUUACUGGAAUGACUGAAGUGUAUGAAAAAUUAUUAUCUUUUCAUAUGAUCUCUGAUGAAAAUCAUUUGAUUAGAUUCGCCUUUGGAUGUUGUUAUAUAGGAGAUAUUGCCAAAUUAACCGCUACUUGGUCUAAUGCUCUUUUAUAUUAUAAAAGAGCUCAUACUUUAAGACCAAAUGAUCCUAUUUUUUUGGCUUCUUUAACUCAAGCUAAUACACAUGUAUGUUAUUGGAAGGAUCGUGGUGGAAUAGGUUAUCAUUCAGUUGAUAGUAAUGGUAAUUUACAUCGUUUCCCAACUGUUCAAAAAUCAGGACAGAUGGCUUUGGUUGCAGAUAUUGUUGAAAAAGCUAUUAAUGAUGGAGCCAAAUUUGGAAAAGGAAUAAUUGAAAAAUCUGGUGGUAUUUUAGCUCUUUUAACAAAUUUAUGCUCCAAUUUAAGGGAUGAUGAUAAAUCGGUUAAAUUUUUCAAGGCUAAAGCAGCAAAAUGGAGAAAUCAAACUUUGAAUCUAAAAAAUGAAGGUGGUUGGGUUUUACGUGUGAUUCAUCAUAUAAUUCGUCGAAUCCAACAUAAAUGGUAUGUGGAUUCAUACGGUGAUAUAACUCAGAGUCCACAUGCUUUACCGCCGAUUAAUGUAACCCCGAAGCUCCGUUCAAAAUACCAACGUCCAUUGGUUCCCUCGGGAUUAGAACAACCAGUGGCUACACCUAUACAACCAUUUUAUACAUUUAUAUAUGAUCUAGAUCCAAGACAAGUUCGUAUAAUAUGUCAUAGGACUGCUUUAAACAUUGCUUAUGAGGCUCAUUUAAUGCAAUCAGUAUUUGGAAUGCAUGAUCGUAACAUAAUAGAAGUUUAUUGUUAUUCACUUUCACCAAAUGAUGGAUCUACAUAUCGAGUAAAAAUUGAAAAAGGAGCGGACAAGUUUUACGAUUGUCACGCUUGGACUACUGAAUCUAUUGUCAAACAAAUAGUUCACGACAAUAUACAUAUUCUUGUCAAUCUCAAUGGCUAUACUGCUGGUGAUAGAAACCUUAUUUUUGCCGCUCGCCCGGCCCCGAUCCAAGUAACUCACAUGGGAUUUGCAAGUUCUUUAGGUGGUUUAUGGUACGUUAAAGUUGAUGAACAUGUAUGUCCGGAAUCUCAGACCAGCGACUUUCAAUUUUGGAAUAAAAGUCGUGAUAAUGAUGGUGAUUUAUUGGGUGAAGUGGAUCCUGAAGAAGACGAUAAAAAUUGGACAUAUCCAGAAAAGAUAAUUUAUAUGCCGACUACUUACUUUAUUAAUGAUCAUAAACAAGGAUUCUAUGAUGAUAAUAUUUCUAAAGGAUUUUAUGAUGAGAACAUUCCUGGAUGUAUACUUGCAAAAAAUCAUAUAUUAAGAUGGUUUUUUGAGGAGGAUCGUCGUUGGGAUAUGCGUAAACAACUUUUUCCAAACUUAACUGAUGAUUGGGUGAAUGCGCACACGACAGCAUGCGAUAUUCUCUGGUCUGGAACACCAAUGAUUACACUUUCAGGACCUGAACACAAGAUGUGUUCUAGAGUGGCUUCCUCUAUAUGUAAUGCGACAGGAUUUGGUGAUAAAAUGGUGGUACCUGAUUAUCAGGCGUAUGAAGACAAAGCAGUAGAAUACGCAAAUUCAGUGGUAUAUAAAUAUUGGUUUGGAUGUUUAUUACCGGGAGCACAACAACGUCUUCAUCGAAAUGGUUUCGGUGAAUUGAUUGAAUUGAGAAAAAAUAUAUUUUUAAACCGAGAAAACAUUCGUCUUUUUGAUACACAGCAAGCUGUUAAAGAGCUUGAAAAGGGAUAUGUUGAUGCGUGGGUUCGUUGGGUGAAUGAUAACGAACGUAACAUUCAUAUAAAGAUAUGA